GCUGAGCAAUAUGAUUAUCAUCGUAUUGCUCUUCCUCACACGGCUGAGGUAUAUACCACGACUGCUAACUCUUGGAGAGAGAUCAAGAUUGAUAUAUCAAGUGAAACCUAUUGUUAUACUUGUUCAGUGUACUUGAAUGGAUUUUGUUAUUGGAUUGCAACCGAUGAAGAAGAUUUCAUACUUUCAUUUGAUUUAGGUGAUGAGAUAUUUCAUAGAAUACAAUUGCCUUCUAGGAGAGACUCUGAUUUUAAGUUUUCUAAUCUCUUUCUGUGUAAUAAAUCGAUUGCUUCUUUUGGUUAUUGUUGCAAUCCAAGUGAUGAGGAUUCUACAUUAUAUGAAAUAUGGGUAAUGGAUGAUUAUGACGGAGUUAAAAGUUCAUGGACAAAACUCCUAACCUUCGGACCCUUAAAAGGCAUUGAAAAUCUAUUUACAUUUUGGAAAACAGAUGAGCUUCUUAUGGAAACCUCUGGUGGAACAGCCAGCUCUUAUAAUUCCAAUACCAGAAAUCUCAACUAUCUUCAUAUUCCUCCUAUUCUCAAUCAAGUUAGAGCUUUUAAAGCUCUAAUUUAUGUGGAAAGUAUUGUUCCAGUCAAGUGAGUUGAGGGCAAAUCUGUUGACUUUGUAUUUUAGGUAGGAUUCCUAAUUGAUAUCAAUUCCGUGUAAUCUCCUGUAAUCUCCUGUAAUUAGUUUUCUUCCUAUUACAUUAGAGUUGUACACCUUAUAUAAAUACCUCUCCUUGAGAAGAAUAAAAUCAUCAUUCAAAGCA